AUGGCUUCAUCAAACUCCUCGGCAAGCACACAUGAAAAAGCACUAGCGGCACUAGCGAGGUUGACUAGGCGCGAUCCGCCUCGAAAUCCGUCCAAACGGACCCCUGACAAGGAAUCUCGUAAUAACCUCGCUGAUUGCAUCGAGAAAGCUCAACAAGAAGCUGGCCUGCAUACUUGGGGAUUCCCCAUUUACCGAUGUACCUACAAAAGUGACGCCGACUGGGCCGAGCUUUUAUACAGGUACCAAUGGCAUGUUUCUCACUCGCUGGAAUACUAUAAUGGCCUAGAUAUGCUUGAUAGUUACCAGACAACUGUCUUUGAAGACAAAUCUUUUUUUGAAGAUGCGAGCACAGCAACUAUCCGAGAGCAUUUUCAAAAAUGGUCAACGAAUGCUAUUCAGGAGUUAGGGGGAUCACCUGGAAUGAUCCGGGCGUUUAAUGUUGGUGUUGUGCGUUAUCGAUUCUGCCUUUUUGUGAACGAAGAGUCUUUGCAGAGUGUUCUCCGAGCGCCGAUUGAUGACUGUAUCAAUAAGGAUGCAUUUGUGAAUAUGUUGUAUGGUUGGUGGAAGCCAGAGUCUAUUGAAGAUUUUAGUCAAGAAGGUCUUGAGGAUGUUGAUAAGCCAGAAGACUUGCUUGAGGAUGGCUAUGAAUCUGUCGAAGGGUGCACUUUGAAGGAUGUCGGGUGGAUGAAAGUGGCCUUGUGUGACGCGGGCCUGGAGGGGUAUCAAAAGAUGGGGGAGGGUGGGGAGUGGGAACGGCUAUAUGAGCGUCCGCAUGAAAUUUGCUAUAAUAUAUCGAACUUUUAUGCUCGGCGAUAA